CCGAAAAGGAGUGCUAGAAAAAUGAAAAGAAACAGAUGGUAAAGAGAGGACACAGUGACAGUUCAUACAUAACAAAUUAACAUAAAGGCAAAAAGCAAACUAUGAAAGCUGUCAGUCUCCCUCCUUUCUUUUAAAAACCAUCCAGAACACACUACUCCUCCAUAUGCAGUUCAUCGAAACAGGUGAAAAAAAAAAAAACACACAAAAAAGAAGGGAAAUUUGAAGAAACGACAAGCUGCCAUGAAGGGAAGAGAGGCCAAAGCAGCUCCUUCAGCAGAUUUGCUAGUGUGUUUUCCUUCUCGAGCCCACCUAACCCUAAUGCCGAAGCCCAUAUGCAGCCCAGCAAGGCCUUCGGAACAGAACAAGCGCCACCACCACCACCACCACCACAAGAAACCGAGCAGCAGAGGUGGAGGAGGAGGCCAAGCCAGCCCUCUGCUAUGGGCCAAAACCAAGCCAAUGGGGUCGGAGAUCAGCGAGCCGACCUCCCCGAAAGUCACCUGCGCCGGGCAGAUCAAGGUCAGGCCCAAGACCAGUUCGUGCAAGAGCUGGCAAUCGGUCAUGGAAGAAAUUGAAAGACUUCACAACAGCAGAAAACCCAAGAAAAGACCCGGUUGGGCUGAAGCUCUCGGGUUGAAGAAAGAUAUAAUGCAGUUCUUGACGUGUUUACGAAGCAUCCGCUUUGAUUUUCGGUGCUUUGGGGCCUUUCCUGCGUCGUCGGAUAUCACUACUGAUGAUGAAGAUGAAGAGGACGAAUUAGAUCAAGAAUGUCGAGAAAAUCGUGCGGGCGCUGAGGGAAUUAGUGAUGGAAAUGGAACUAAUUCAAGAACUGUCUUCUCCAAGUGGUUUAUGGUUUUACAGGAGAAUCAAAACAAUAAGUUGUGUAGAGAAGAUAAGACAGAGAGAGACAGAGCAGGUGAUAAUUACGAACCUAUUGCCGCACCUGCCGCUCCUCCCCCAAAUGCUCUGUUGCUUAUGCGCUGUAGAUCUGCUCCCGCAAAAGGCUGGUUGGAAGAGAAAAAGGAAAAACAAGAAGAAGAAGAAGAAGAAGAAGAGGAGGAGGAAGAAGCUGAGGAUGAACAUGAAAUAGCUAGAGAAAAAGAACAGAGAAAAGCAAAGAGUUUGAAGUCUUUAAUGGAUGAAGAGAAGAGAAAAACAAAAGAGAACAUGGUUGUGAUGAAAUAUGACACUGAUUUCUACAAAAUUUCAUCUGAUAUUGCAAAGGAGACAUGGGUUGCUGGUGGAAUGAGAGAUCCAUUCUCAAGGAGUCGAAGCUGGAAAAGAUGAUGAUCAUGAUGAUGAUGAUCUUGGUGACUUACUGGCUAUCCUAUUUUUAUUUUUAUUUUUUCAGCAAGAUUUUCUUUUUAUCCUUUUCAAUAUUAAUUUUUCUGUUGUUUGUUCUUCUAAAUUUUUCCGUCCGAGAUCAAAGUGGGCAAUCCCAUUUGUUGUCUUUAUUCCUGCUGGGAUUUGAAAGUUGUAUUAGAUUUGUACAGCUUUUCCACCCUUUUCAUUGGAAAGAUUUGCUGCCAUAUGUGUAUAUAUAUAUAUAUAUAUAUGUCCACCUUGUUUUAAUUUUGAUUAUAAAGAUCCUAAUUUUUUGUUAA